AUGUCAAGGGUUCCCACCCCACCUCCUCCUGGGGAGAUGUCCAGUGGACCUGUGGCUGAAAGCUGGUGUUACACACAGGUUAAAGUGGUAAAAUUUUCCUAUAUGUGGACCAUUAGUAACUUCAGUUUUUGCCGAGAAGAAAUGGGUGAAGUUUUAAAGAGUUCUACCUUCUCAUCAGGGCCAAAUGACAAAAUGAAAUGGUGCCUGAGAGUGAACCCAAAAGGAUUAGAUGAUGAAAGCAAAGACUACCUGUCAUUAUAUUUGCUUUUAGUUAGUUGUCCAAAAAGUGAAGUGAGAGCAAAAUUCAAAUUUUCCCUGCUGAAUGCUAAAAGAGAAGAAACAAAAGCAAUGGAGAGCCAAAGAGCAUAUCGAUUCGUGCAAGGCAAGGACUGGGGCUUCAAGAAGUUCAUCCGCAGAGAUUUUUUGCUGGAUGAAGCUAAUGGACUUCUCCCAGACGACAAGCUUACAUUAUUUUGUGAGGUAAGCGUGGUCCAAGACUCAGUAAAUAUAUCAGGACAGUCUAAUACAAACACUUUGAAGGUACCUGAAUGUCGACUAGCAGAAGAUUUAGGGAAUCUCUGGGAAACAACAAGAUUUACAGAUUGCAGUUUUUAUGUAGGAGGACAAGAAUUCAAAGCUCAUAAGUCUGUCCUUGCAGCACGGUCUCCAGUUUUUAAUGCAAUGUUUGAACAUGAAAUGGAAGAAAGCAAAAAGAAUCGUGUAGAAAUUAAUGAUGUAGACCCUGAAGUUUUUAAAGAAAUGAUGAGAUUCAUUUACACAGGAAAAGCACGAAACCUUGAAAGCAUGGCUGACAAUUUGUUGGCAGCUGCAGACAAAUAUGCACUGGAACGGCUGAAGGUGAUGUGUGAGGAAGCACUCUGUAGUAACCUGUCGGUAGAAAAUGUUGCUGACAUUCUUAUCCUCGCAGAUUUGCACAGCGCUGAGCAGCUAAAAGCACAAGCAAUAGACUUUAUUAACAGGUGCAGUGUUCUUAGACAACUUGGGUGUAAAGAUGGGAAAAACUGGAAUAGCAACCAAGCAACAGACAUAAUGGAGACAGCGGGCUGGAAGUCCAUGAUCCACUCCCACCCUCACUUAGUAGCAGAGGCCUUUCGCGCGCUAGCGUCUGCACAGUGUCCACAGUUUGGCAUUCCACGCAAACGGCUAAAACAGUCCUGAAAGCUUCCACAAACUGUAGAGAAACUGAACUGACUUUGCUCCUCUGUGGCCAGAGGCGUUCUCACAAACCGUAACAAGAGUUUUUGUUAUCCUUGUCCACAGAACAGAAGCUGAAAAAGCCUGUUGUUUGCUUUUCAGAUGGAGAAUUUAUGGUUUAAUCCUCAGCUUUAAAUUAGACUGAUUAUUCUAAUU